AUCCCAUGAGUCAGACUUUGCUGAUGACAUCGAAACCCCAAGACGCAAAGAUAUGACGAGCAUUAGAAGACUGAAGACGACUAACAAAAUAGCUUUCACCUCGAUUUAUUCAUCAGUGGGUUGGGGUUGAUAGAAACCUUGAUAAUGAUCCCCUCUUGUUGUCAGCCGAAUAACAAAGAUUCCCACCAAUCUUGUAUUCCGCUCUAUUAUUCGUCCUAGCGCUUGAUCUUCCUGAAAGAAGCUUCUUUUCUUUUUUUUCCACUUUUGUUUCGAAAGGUGUGUGAAGUGUCAAGAGAAAUGGAAGGAAGAGUGAAAUUAGACAAAUGGGGUUAUGAGGUUAAUACCUGUUCUGAUGAAUGCAUCGCUGCCAUCAACGACUAUUAUCACCAGGUGCUUAGUUAUGGGAGAAAGAGAAGUGUGAUUUUGGAAGCACCAAAACAUGACAAGGAUUGUGUUUUGGCCCACAUCUUGGCGGCUCAUUUUCUCUGCUCAGCUGAUCCUUCUCAAUCUGCACUUCAUAUCCAGGCUGCCAAGUCUCGAUUGAGAGAGGCCACCUCGUAUGAGAAAGCUAUUUUUGAUGUUCUCGGUUAUUGUAUGUCCGAUAAUAGAGAUGAUGAUGUGGCUUUGGAGUUACACUUUAAGCUCCUGAGAGAAUUCCCAAGAGAUCUUGUUUCUGUGAAGAGGGCACAGGUGUUGUGUUUCUACAUGGCUAGGCCUGAUCUUUCUCUCAAUCUUGUCCAGCAGGUUAUACCCCAUAACGAACAAGAAGAAUACAUAUAUGGAAUGCUUGCUUUUCCAUUGCUAGAGCUGAGUCAGAUGGCAGAUGCCAAAGAAGCUGCAACGAAAGGACUUAACAUCAACAAGCAAGAUUGCUGGUCACAGCAUGCUAUAUGUCAUGUUCUUCAGUAUGAGUGUCAUUUCAAAGAAGCAGUAGAGUUCAUGGAAAAAUGCUCGUCUUCAUGGGGUUCCUGCUCAUCUUUUAUGAAAACGCACAAUUGGUGGCAUAUAGCUCUAUGUUAUUUGGAAGGCCAUUCUCCAAUAGAAAAAGUUGUCGAGGUUUAUGACCAGUGUAUAUGGAAGGAGUUAGAAAGAUAUGAUGCUGUUUCUCCUGAGGUUUACUUGAAUGCUCUGGGCUUGUUGCUGCGUGUGUAUGUUCGUGGUGAACUUAGAAUCUUUGGCAACCGUAUGAAGGUCCUAUCAGAUUGUGUGUCGGAUCAGGUUAACUGGUAUUUAGAGUGGCAUCUUGAUGUGUUGAUAUUGUGGGCUUUAGCUUUUUCUGGAGAGCAUUCAAAAGCAGAAGAAUUACUCAAGGGCUUGAAAAGGAAAUUUUCUGCAAUGAACAAGAAGCAGCAACAAGUUAUGCAAAAAGGAAUCUUGCUGGCAGAAGCGUUAUUUGAGUACGGGAGUGGUAAUGACGAAAAAGCUUUGGAAUUGCUUGGUCCAGAUUUUGAAUGCAAUGGCUGUAAGAUAAUUGGGGUAUCCGAUGAACAACUUGAUGUAUUCAAGGAAGUCUUCUACUGUAUAUUACUGAAUACUGGACAGGCUACCAAAGCAAUCGAAGUUAUUGAGAAGCAUAUCACCACGAGGGAAGGCAACCCUUUCUUGUGGCGACUGAUGGAGAGAGGCUACAAUAUGGCGAGUAGGGAACAGGAAGCUACAAGUGCUGGUGAGAAGGCCAGAGCACUAGAAGCUGCAUAUUUCUAGUUGGCUUAUACAACCCUGGCUUAGACACAAUAAAUUUCUCGUCAACCGGGUAUGCAAUUAGUAGAGGUUGAAUUUCCGUUCAACCCGUAUUUCCUAACCUGAGACUCAACCCGUAUUUCCUAACCUUCUCAGGUUAAGUCAGUCAGUCCAUGUAUUUCCUUGUAUGCAUUUUGUAUGUUCUUAUAUGUUAUGGAUUUGUAUUUAUAUGUAUCAAUAUAUAUCUGGUGUGUAUAACACUCUGCUGGAGCGGGUUAUGUGAUCUUGGUUGUCAUAGGAGACAAAAAGAUUCAAACUCUUGAGGGCAUUUUGACCUUUGUUCAUCUCUCUUUUGUUCUGUUGUUAUCUAUAUAUUUCAAGUAGGCUUCCGUUGAUUGGGGACAA